CGGCGGACGAGAGGCGAAGCCGGAUUGCCCCGGGGGUCUCGCCACAUACCCGCCCCGCCCCCAGCUCCGGGCGCUGGCCGGCGAGGAAUGACUUGGAACCAUCGAAAUGAGUUGCACAAUUGAGAAGGCCCUAGCUGAUGCAAAAGCACUAGUGGAGCGACUGAGAGAACAUGAUAAUGCAGCAGAAGCUCUGAUUGAACAAACUACGGCACUCAACAAACGAGUGGAAGCAAUGAAGCAGUACCAAGAAGAAAUUCAAGAACUUAAUGAAGUAGCAAGACAUAGACCCCGCUCUUCACUGGUACUGGGAAUCCAGCAGGAAAACAGGCAGAUCAGGGAACUACAGCAAGAAAAUAAAGAAUUGCGUACUUCUCUUGAAGAACACCAAUCUGCCUUGGAGCUAAUAAUGAGCAAAUACAGAGAGCAGAUGUUUAGGCUGCUCAUGGCCAGUAAAAAGGAUGAUCCAGGUAUAAUAAUGAAGUUAAAGGAGCAGCACUCUAAGGAGCUACAAGAACACAUGGACCAAAUCACAGAAAUGGCAGCAGUCAUGCGAAAGGCCAUUGAAAUUGAUGAACAGCAGGGUUGCAAAGAACAGGAACGCAUUUUUCAGCUUGAGCAGGAAAACAAAGGACUGAGAGAGAUCCUGCAAAUAACUAGAGAAUCAUUCCUGAAUCUCAAAGAUGAUGCAUCAGAAAGUACAUCUCUGUCAGCAUUAGUAACGAACAGCGACUUGAGCCUGAGGAAGAGUUGAAGAUCCUAUGGAAAUUUUGUAUGGUCAACUGCACAUAAGAUCAUAAAGUAUCAGGGGUCACUUGCCAAGCAGCUGUUUCCCAAUGCAGCCUUGACAAGUUAAUGCAUUCUAAAUUUGAUGACAAUUUGAUACUUUUUAUACCAUGUACAGUACAUUCAGAUUUAUUUAAAAUUGUCAUUAGUGCCCAGUAUUGAUUACCGGAAACAUACUUUCUGAAGGAAACUGGCUAACAUCAGUUAAAGUUUUAAAAACAGCACCACUCGGAACAGCUGCAAAACGACACGCAUAUAUUUAGAAGGU